CUUACACACAGUUACACGCUGCAUACUAAUAAACUUCAGCCUGAACUGGAUGAACGACACAUGCAAAUGUCGUUUCAUCUCGUUUACGCAACAUAUUGUGGUGUCCUUUUCCUCCCGUCUUUGCGCAUUUAAAGGACAUUACGCACCGCCAAAACGCAGUUAUUUAACGCCAUCGCGUCUUUAAACGUCCACACUGCGUCUUUUAUUCUGCUCGGCGCUUGUAAAACGGAUUGCUUUUGACUGAAACGUGACUGGAUGCUGAAGAUGAGUGGACUAUGAAUCUGGACAAGAGGAAGGACAAGGGGGUGAACGGCUUUGAAUUCUAAACACGUACUGGGAAAUGUGCAUUUAUUAUGGGUGAUCUCUCAUAUUGACACGUCCAGUGAGUGUGUGAGUGCGUGUGCGCGCGCGCACGCGGAUAUCCAUCUCCUGUAGUCUGUAGAUCUGUGUUACUGCGCUAGGAUGGAGAUGACGCAAAUGACCCAGCUCCCCAAAAAGUGUUUCAAGACGAACAUGGCGGCAACUUAACACAGGACCCAAGAUGAUGAUGAUGAACAGCAGAGAAGAUCGAAGGCAGUCCGCCCAGAUAGGGAAAGAGCAGCUCGUUCAGCGUCUCGCCUUCCCUUGAGGAGAUACGGGAACAGAGGAGGCAUGUUGUCACACAGAAAGCGCUUUUUCUCCGGCGAGCCAUGCCAAUAACGGAGAUAUGACCGCGCGUGGCUUCAUCUAGCCCAGAGAGUCGGAUACAGCUGCCGGGAGCGCUGUUGAACGGGAAGAAAACAUUUAAAAUCAAUGCAUUUUGUGGCAGAAGAGCCGUCACGGUGGAGUCGGCCAGUGCUGCUCUUUCCUGAAAUAUGACCAGGGGUGCUUGGACGUGUCGGCAGCAAGAUGAAGGCUUAAAAAUCUGCUUCGCACCCCGAGAGGACGAAAAGCCAUUAUUUACCGAUUCGGAAAGGGCCCAGAGAUGGCGACUGUCCUUAGCCUCUCUUUUGUUUAUCACCGUUUUGCUCUCUGAUCAUCUGUGGUUCUGCGCCGAGGCGAAACUGACGAGGACGCGAGACAAACGGCUGGAGCACACGGACCAUAUACUUUCAUCCAGCCAUCAGAGAGAGCAGAGUCUUAUUUUUAUAGGCAAUUCUACCAAACCUCUGUGGAGACUUGAAACUUGUCAUCCUGAUAGCUUCUCCAAAAACUGCUUGACUUUUGACGAGGCGGAAGCCGUGUGCUCGGGCCUCUCCGAGUGGAACCUGAGCGAUUUCUAUCUUUCUUUUUGUAACUCCUACUCGCUUUUGGAUUUGUUUCACGGGUUUACGAGUCCGGACAAUUUGACAUGUAGUCUGGACAUGGCUGAUGCGUCGGGAUGCAGCCAGUGCGUCCAGGCUUACCAACGCUACGACCGACGAGCUCAGGAGAAAUACCAAGAGUUUGAGCUUUUGGUUCAGAAAUAUGAAACGGAUGUAUAUUCGAUGCGGACGUGUAUGGAAGAGUGCACGACUGUCUACAAACACUGGCUUUGUGCCCAGUUCUUCCACACCACACAGAUGCACUGCAGCAACAGGAUCCCCUGCAGGAAGUACUGCCUGGAGGUCCAGAAGAGGUGUCCCUUCAUAUUGCCUGACAAUGAUGAGCUCAUCUAUGGAGGAAGCCCCAGUUUUAUAUGCACAGGGCUCCAAGAGGACAAUCCCUCAGACGCAGAGACAGAGUGCUGCGAUGUCCGAUGGGACAGCAAGGCAGACAACAGCUCCAAAGGCACUCUCAAAAGAACUCACCCGUCGUGUCAGCACGGGACAUCCCUGACCUCGUCAGCGGCCUCUAGACUGUGCAACAGCAGACUCAAACUCUGCCUGCUGGUCCUCGUCCUCCUUCAUACUGUUGCCACUCUCACAGCAUCCCACAAUCCCACCGGGUUCAACCUCACCUCCAGCUCCUCCAACGAGGAAUGACGGAUUAGCCACUCGGUUACAGUGACGUGACGGAGCGUGGGUAACUUGCUGGGACCUCUGGUACAGAGACUGUGGACAUGCAAUCAAAUCCAACCAAGCAAACCGACAAAGCUAAACAAACACUGGACGAAUCCAAUCAAGCAACAAGAACAAGGGACAACACCGUAGCCUUUGUUGAAAGAGGCUUCUAGGGGGCGGAGCUCUCUCGCACCAUGUUUUUUACACUGUGUCUAUGGUUUGGAUUUCUGUUGCACUAGAUGACUACAGGAUCUAAUUCCGUUUCGUUUUCGUUUCAUUUGAGUCUUUGUGCAGGAAGGAUUGGAAGAGAUGGAUGAGUUAAAUGUACAGUAUCCAAGUGAAUAUUCAAGACUGAGCGCGUGUCUAUGUGAGCGAAUGGACGGGUGCGUGUGCAUGUGUGCCUGUGCUUGCAUCCGUGUGUCCACUUAGAUGUUCUUCUCGUUUCUCUUCGUAAUCACAAACUCUCUGAAUGCUGCUCUGUUCAUUACGAGGGUUUCUAUUGCAGUUUAUCCACUUUCAAAUCUGCCUAGACAAAUACCAAGACACCCAACUCAGAUUCUCCCGUUAAGAUCCUGUAACCUCUUUAAAGUAGCCUUAUAUUUCUGUUGUUGGUAUGAGGUCAGGUCAGUACCUUUGGGGUCUGGCUACAUUCAUGUCGCUUAUUUGCUUAAGCGCUCGACUGAAAGGUCUAGGUAUCCAGACUUCUGUUUGUUCCCUCAAUCUGCAAAAAGAUGUCCACAAAACAGUUUUUAACACUAUUAGUGUUUUAUAUAUUAUGGUAUUAUAAGGUAUUAUAUUCUCUACCCUAUAUUCUGUAAUUGCAUGUUAGAGCCAGAGUCUCGCUAAAGUUUUAAAGAAAUAAACCCAAACGAUCUGAAAACAAGAGGAGCUUGUACUCCGAGUACCAUCCAAAGUGCUAUUUGGCAGCAUGAACCCAGCCAAUCAGAGCUCUCGAGACAAAUUACCCCAAACGCAGAGAGGAUCCAUCAUUCUUUAUUAUAGUAAAGGGCUUACCCAUCAUCCACACGCAUUCAAACACUGAGAUUCACAUUGCAUGAAUAACUCAGCGAGAAUAAUGUUCAUUUGUUGCAAACCUUGAGAUAGUCAUGCCAACAGGAAGCUGAGGAGCUCAAUCUCGAGGCUCCGGAUAGAAGAACGGAGGCCCGUCUCAGGUGGCUGGGCUGAGGAAUCUGGUUCUUUGUGUGGAGGAGAGGCUAAGUUAAGGGCUGAUAUAUUACUUUGUUUUGUUUUUUUUUCUUUCUUCUUUUCUACAGGUAUGCUCUAAUGAGGAUGUGUCACUGUGACACAAACACAAAACGAAGCCUUGAGUUUAUCGAAGUUCUCUAGACAGCCUCAGUGUGAACCUGUUGAAAUAGCAGGCCUCACCCCUGUGUUUCCAUCUCAUUGGAUGACUAACAGUCGUUAAUGUUAGAUACACAUUCAUAUGUCAUAUAUCAGUCACAGCUAGCUUUAAGGCUAAGUAUGCUAACUAAAAUGAAACACAAAGUGUUUUGCAGCCAUAUUUCAAUUGUGCAAAAGCAGGCUGACAUAAUGCAUGCCAUAGGAAUAAAAUGGUGCAAUCUCAUUUCAUACCAUUUUAUUCCCUCCCUGUACAUUUCUGUAGAUUGUCUGCCAUUGAUGUGUAGUCACAUUUGUACGGUGACAUUCUGUGUAGUCAGUUAGCCCAAUCUGGAAUUCCGCAUGAAGGGAAACUUUUUUUUUUUCAUGCAAAAUUUGCAUCUGAAUCAGGUUUGGUCAAAUUUGAGUGUAAAUCUGUAGUGAAUUUUGCAUCGUGUUCAGAUUACUUAAACUUUGAAUGUUCAAACUAAUUGCGAAUUUCACAUCGGAUUCAACUUUGAACAUGCAAAUUCAUCGCAUUUACCAACAUUAAGCUGCUUGGUUUGGAAAUGUUUUGCUAAUGUUACCACGCCUUUAGUCUACACUUAAAAAAGCUGAUUUUCUCUUAUGUAUUACCAUCACAUGCAGUACCAUUAAACACUGAAUACUGACUCUGAGGCAAAUUUAAUAACUUGGAUUUUAAGAGAACAAAUCAAUCCUUUUGCCCUUUUGCUGUUUAAACUACCAUUAGCGGUGACUUUUUUUAUGCGUCAGAAGCACAAAGUGAUUUUUUUUCUGAAAUAGACUGCUAAUGCAGUUCAGUUCAGCUGAUAAAAAAAAGCAUUUAACCUGAACGGUCAAAUGCUGGGAAAGAAGCUCCUUUUAUUCCACUGUUUUAAAAUUUCAGGAUUUUCCACUAAAUGUACUCAAACCACUAAUUUUUGGCUGUUUGUGGAAUUGGGCAAGCUGAGUUUUAUCAAACAUAUCUGAUUAUAAUGACUUUUAAUAUCCUUACCCAUACAGUUCUGACUUUAGGCCCAUCUUUUCAUUCCUCCUAUCUCCUAUUAAUACAUUACUCUGUUUCAUAUCAAACCAGAAAUACCAUAAUUAGUAGUAUAUGUACACAGUGCUAUGCCACGCUUAUGAUGACAGCUUGACCAGGAAAUCCUGACCAUAAUGACAAGGCACAACUGACCUAUUUGAUAUGUGUAAGGGCAGUCCGGCUUGCUCUGCUGAGAACUUUCCUAAUGAAUAAUUAGAGAAAAGCACUGAUAGAUACAGUAUACCCUCUCGAGAGCUUAUUAGUUAGUUUAUAACCCUGGACAUUCAGCUCGGACCACCUGCUCUGGAACAGAAAUGAUUCCCUCGGUUCAUCUCCAAACAAAACUAAUUCUGCCUCUCCAGCUGGGCCUGACGGUGAAGGAAGAGAUAGUCAGAGAGAGGUGGGCUAAUGACAGUGGCGUAGCACUAUUAUUCAUUUGCUUUGAAGUUCUGGAUGUUUGUUAUAGCAAGACAAGCAUGCACACACACCUUAAUACACACACAUACAUGCUUGUUCACUCUGGAGUCCUUUGUAUAUACAGUAUACUUGGCCGAUGCUCUACAAGUCAGGAAGGAUUCGAGUUCCGUCAGUUGCGACACUUAUGUCAAUAUAAUAAUUUGGUUUGCCUCGUAAAUAUUUGGUCGAAUGCAACAUGUUGAAUCGGUCACCAAACGUAUUUCAGACAACACCAUUCACAGCAAAGUGUUGACUAAAACAUAUUCUUAAACAGAGAGCGGCGUCGUUGUUGCUCUGAUUUGUCAGGUUUCGAACAUGUUUCUCUGUGUUUGUUGGGAUUCAAUCACCAUACAGUUUGUCUGAGUGACCAACGAGAUUGAAUGUAACAGAUGCCUGCUAAUAUCACUAAACACCACCAAACCUACUAUAAGAUGUAUUUUAUGCUUGCACAUGUUUUAUGGUCAUUUCCAAAUUGUGUAAGUAGUAUUCCACACUGCGUAAUCACUUAGCAAGCAGAAAUACUUUCUAUUCUGAAUCCUGUGGACCUAUGCAGCCCUCGACCUCAGUUGUUUUUUCUGUUGUAAAUACGUUAGGAGAAUGCUAAACAAUGUGUGUCUCUGUUUGAUUUGGAGGUUUCCUUGUGUUCUGAGUUGGUGUCCUUUUUUAAAUCCUCUUUUGUAAGUGUCAGAGAUCAUUGGGUGGUUUGUGCUGAGAUGGAUACUGAGAGCGGAGUGGUUUCAUCACAUGAACUGUCCUCUUGGUCACAACCUCGGCGCCUGCAGGCUGUGAUGCUGUGUGUGAUGGUAUGUGCAAAGCAAUGACUUUAAGAAAAAAGAUAAAGGUUUAAAGGCAUAUAGAGAUAAUAUUAUGACUAUGACUAUACUGAAAAAAAAAAUUAUAUACUACCGGUAUAUUGUAAUAUUAUAGAUGAUUUAGUUCAGUAACCUAUUUAAUUUUUUUACAAGCAACUUUGAUGAAAUAAUUUAUAAAACAAUCUCACAAGUUACGAUCUUUUCGAAGGUAUGAUUAUACUGCUAAAAUGAUUAAAGUUGUGUU